CCCCGUCACCUCCCCCUCUCUCACCACAAGGGCGGCUUUGUGUGAACCGUUCCUUAAACUGGUUUUUCCAGCUGACUGCACAGCCAGAGACCCAGGGGAAGGAGAUGGAGGCUGGGGAGUGAGGAAGAUGCACCGGGCAAUUCUGGGACAGCUGGGCCUCCUGCUGGCCCUGGCGUUGGGCUGCCUGGGGAGGUGUAUCCACGACCAAGUCCAGCGGAGGGUUAACGGGGCGACGGCUGUCCGCUACCAAGGGGCGAGGGUGUCUGGGAGGUCCUGGCCCAGCCCCCGCCCCAUCCGCAUCUCCACCUUCUACACCAGCGUGCCCGAGAUGGUCCUGAGGCCAGAGGAGAGGAGACACCACAACGCCUCGGUGCAGGAGGCGAUCAGCCGCAUCGCAGAGCUGCUGGCAGUGAUUCCGGUGGUGGAUCCUCUCCUGCUAUCCCGGGACCCAGAGGCCUACUGCAAGUCCGUCUGGAGGAACCAGUCGCUACCAAACUUCAACAAGUGUGGCCAGGUCAACAAUAAUUACCAAGUUGAGAAGUGUCUAGACGUGGUGAUCCCAGAUGAGCACCUGUCUGGAUUCGGGGUGUGGACAGCGGAGGGCAAAGAGCCAGUGGUCCUGCGGGAGGAUGGGACGGGAGUUCCCGGUGCCGACUUCAUCCUCUACGUCAAGGCCGCCGACACACAGAAAUGCCGGAGGGAGCCCUCGGUCAUCGCCUACGCCUCCUACUGUAAGGUGGACCAGGUGGGCCGUCCCAUCGCUGGGUCCGUCACCUUCUGCCACGCCCACCUCCGUGGAAGCAACUUCGACCACGAGCGCACUACGCUGACAACCAUCCACGAGCUUUUCCAUGCACUAGGAUUCUCCAAGGACCUGUUCAACAGCUGGUUGGAGUGCUCACUGACCACUGACCCCUCCCCCCACUGCUCCCAGCGCAGCUCUGUCACCAACACGGACCGCGGUACCGUCAGGAUCUUCACCCCGAACGUCGUGGCUCAGAUGCAGCGGCAUUUCCACGCAUCUUCGUCGCUCGGCGGGCCCCUCGAGAACUGGUUACAGGAGGGACUGCCCUCCUCCCACUGGGAAUCCCGCGUCCUGCAGGGAUCCAUCAUGACGGCGGCGUUGGGUGCAGCGCGACACACCUUCAUCGACCCGAUUACACUGGGAGCCAUGGCGGACACGGGAUGGUACCAGGUGAUAUACCAAGGCAGUCAGCCUCUGGUCUGGGGCCAAGGUCAGGGUGAGAAUUUUGGUCUCACUGAAACUUGUCAUGAGAAUCCCUCAGAAUAUUUCUGUAUUGGCAGCGGACUGGGCUGCCACUACCUGCACCUGGACAAGGCCUCCUGUCUCACGGACGACCUCCUCGAUGGGUGUCGGAUCUACAAACCUCUGGCCAACAGGAGUGAGUGCUGGAAGGCGGAGAACGCGGGCAGUGAGGGGGAGGCCAACGCUGGUGAGAUCUACAGUGCUGACAGCCGCUGCUUCUUGUCCAACCUCAGCCGAGCGGGACCCCAAGGACAAGAGGCAGUCGGACGUUGCUACCUGCACCGGUGUCGUGGGUCGUGGGGCCUGGAGGUCAGAGUUCAGGGGUCAGACUGGCUCCCCUGUCGCCCUGGAGACAGUAUCCAGGUCCCAGGAUACCUUGGCCUCGUCUCCUGCCCCGCAGUGCUGUGUCAGGAGGGGGCUUGGCAUCAGGACACUGUGGUCCCACAGACGACCCCUGACCCGCCCCCAAACUCCCCCACCAGGUCCCACCUGCCCGAGGGGGCCACCCAUCCGACGUGCCAAGGGUGGGGGCAGAUUUUUCGGCUGUCCGUCCGUCUGCAGUUCUCUGACAGGCCACCUUGUCCCCCACUCCAGUCCGGGGAGGUGGGUGGUGAGGGGGAGGAGGUCGCUCAGGUAGCCGGGAUCCCCAGAGGCCAUGUCUCGCAGUCCUGGGUGUGCGGCCCCCACCAGCUGUGCCUGGAGUUCUGGGAGAGGGAGUGUGGGGAGCCCAGUGUACACUCUCUCCUGCGGCGGCUGCAGGGCAGUCUGCAACAGCAGCCUCUGCUUCUGCGUCUACGCGGGCACAACUGUACCAUCCUCAGCGCCAGGGCAGAGCCUCCGCCGGACACGGUGACCGCAGUGACCGCGGCGUGCGCCUCGCUCUCGGGGCUCCUGGCGAUGGCGGUGCUGGGCCUGGGCACCUCACGACUGCUCCGCAGGGGGAGGCGGCGCGUGGGGGCGGGGCAAGGGGCCGACACCUGCCCCCCAGGAGAGACAGAACACAAGCCACAGCCCUAGGAGGGGGAGGCGGAAACUCCUCACCAAAUACGAGCCCUCCCCAAUUUUUCCCCACCGACCCCUCUCAAUCCUGAUUCCCCUCCCC